AUGACUACUCUGACACAAGGCGGCCCAGCCCUGAAUUCCUCCUCCACCCUCACCUCCCCAAACGGCUUCUUCAUUUUGGGCUUCUGGCGGACAAGCUUCCCCAAAUCCAACGCCAGCAGCUACCUCGGAAUCCGCAACAUAAACAGCACCCGCACCCUCUGGACAGCCAAUCCCAAUUUCCCGAUCCCCGACGAUUCCGGUUCCCUCGCGCUGGACCAAGACGGAAAUCUAAAGCUCACCUACUCCGGCGGCGGCGCAAUCGAGCUCCUCCCCUCCAGCAGGCGGCGGAAUUCGACCGCGCAGCUCGAAGACACGGGCAAUUUCGCAGUGAGGGACGACUCAGGGGAUGUCCUGUGGCAGAGCUUCGAUUCCCCCACGAAUUCAUGGCUCCCGGGGAUGAAAUUGGGGGCGGUCAACGGGCGCAAUCUGCUGCUGACUUCCUGGGAGUCCCGCGCCGGCCCGGGACCCACGGGGGCUUUCACGCUGGAGUGGGGGAAGGAAGAGGAAGAGCUGGUGAUGAAACGGCGAGGGUCGGUAUUCUGGACCAGCGGCAAGCUAUUAACCCCUACUCUGUUCCAGAAUCUGAACUUCCUCAAUGAUGCAGACAUCGAAAUUCGUCGCGUCUCGAACCCCGGAGAGGACUACUUGAUCUUCAGUACUAACCAAUUGAACUUCAGCUUCUUGCGAUUGGGAGACCUCGGGGUGAUAUAUCAGGAAUGGACGUUCCCGUCGGAGAGUAGCAGUCGACGCAUCGCUGACUGCGAUGGGAAUGGGACGGAGAAUGGGUGCCGGAGAUGGCAGGGCCCCGAGUGUCGGCGGAGCAACGGGGAUAGUUUCCAAUUGCUGAGGGGUGCGUCCUGGGUAUGGAAGAACGGAUCGAAUGGUAAUCUCAGCGCCAGCGAUUGCAAGGACAUGUGCUGGAAGGACUGUGAAUGUGGCGGCACCACCACGGGUGGCGUUAAUGGCGAUGGCAGUGGUUGUAGGUUGUUUAAGUAUGGGGAGUUUGUAGCAGAGCCUCACUGUUCCUCUUCUGAAUGGUUUUUGCCUUACAAAGCAGCCGGCUCGCCGGCUGACCACCGGAGGAAGUGGAUCGUGGGUUCGGUUGGUUCGGCAAUGGUGGCCCUCUUCUUGAUCGUCGUAGUUGGCAUCGUUUGGUACAGGAGAAGCCGAAAAAUCAGAGAGCGGUUCCUAGCCGAGAUGAUGGAAUUUGAUGCACCAAAUGAUAUGUACGAGAUGGAAAACAAGGGCGACCGAGGCCAUGAUCAUUUGAUGGUAUAUAGCAUGACGUCCAUCAUGACUGCUACGGAUAAUUUCUCCCUGCAAAAUAAGCUUGGACAGGGAGGUUUUGGCCCUGUAUACAAGGGAAAGCUGCCGCAAGGUAAAGAAGUUGCUGUGAAGAGAUUAUCAAAAACAUCAGGCCAAGGUUUGGUCGAGUUCAGAAAUGAGCUCAUACUCAUAGCCAAGUUACAACAUACAAAUCUUGUAAGACUUUUAGGUUGCUGUAUCAAUGGAGAAGAGAAGAUGUUGGUGUACGAGUAUAUGGCCAACAAGAGCUUGGACACUUUUCUCUUCGAUGAAUCGAAGAAGCUGCUUUUAGAUUGGAAUAAGCGCUUCAAUGUUAUUGAAGGAAUUGCUCAAGGUUUGUUGUAUCUUCACAAGUACUCGAGAGUAAAGAUUGUGCAUAGAGACUUGAAAGUUAGCAAUAUACUACUAGACGAGAAUCUGAAUCCUAAAAUCUCGGAUUUUGGUAUGGCACGCAUUUUCAAUACAAAUGCAUUGGAAGCCAGCACAAACAGGCCUGUCGGAACAUAUGGCUAUAUGUCUCCCGAGUAUGCCAUGGAUGGCACAUUCUCCACCAAAUCGGACGUCUUCAGUUUUGAAGUCAUGGUUCUAGAAAUCGUGAGUGGCAGGAAAAACUAUGGUCUUAUUCAACUAGAUCCCCCCAUCAACCUUGUUGGAUAUGCAUGGAAGUUAUGGAAAGAAGGUGUCGCCUUACAAUUGAUGGAUCCAGUCCUCACAGAAUCAUAUUCUAACAAGGACCAGAUACUAAGGUGCAUCAAUGUCGGACUACUCUGCAUAGAAUACAAUGCUUACGAUAGACCAACGAUAUCAGAAGUAAUAACAAUGCUAACAAGUGAAGCCACACAAUUACACGCACCAAAACAACCUGCAUUCACGGUAACUAGACCGAGAAACAUUAGCACAAAUAGUAGCUCAAGUGCCAGCAACCCCAAAACCCAUUCAAUCAACAAAGUCACCAUGACAACAAUAAGUGGUCGGUAA